UAAUGAUUUAGCCAAAGAGAAUAUUUUGGUAGAAACUUCUCCAAAUAUUAAAGUUAAAAAACUCAAGCUUAAAAUUAAACCUGCAAGGAAACCGAAGUUAACACUUAUGACCAGGAUGCAAGUGUCUUUUAUGCGACCAACCUACCGCUUGGAGCAGCUGGUGAUCGUCUACAGGAUGCAGUCCUGUUUGUGGAAUAUCUCACAUAGCGACUUUGCUGACAUUGAGAAGCGUAACGAAGCCUAUGCAUCAAUGAAAAGUUACAUGUACGAAAACGCAUUGAUUUCCUUCAGCAACGAUGAGUUGAAGAAAACUAUUCAAAGGCUUCACAAGCAAUAUGUGUGGGUAGCCACAGAGUUUGGGGAGAAUAAGCUGCGAGGAUUGGCAGCUCUUUGUUUCGAAAAGUGCACAUUUCUCAAUGAGCUGCUCGAUGAAUUGUUACACGAGCCAACACCCGAAGAAAACGACAGUAUAAAUACAAUCAAGUUGAACUUUAAGGAGGAGAACAUAUUGACCACUACAUUCAUAAGUGCCUAUGCCAAUUAUCCACAAUUGUACAAUUCCACGAUGUUUGAAUACACAUCAUUGGAGUCGCGGGCAGAGGCUUUCCGGGAAAUAGCCGAAACGAUUCUACCCCUGACGAUGGCCAAUGAGACGGAAGUGUACAUGUCGAUCCAGAGGCUACAACGCUGGUUGUACAGGAACAAUGAUUGUCGUUUGAAGCGUAAAUCCAUCUUCAACCCACAAGAACUAGAAUAUGUGACCAUGUGCGGAUUUCUGCCAGCUUACAGGACUUCCCACCCAUCGAUGCUAUGCACCUACUGCAGGAAAACCAUUUCGGGCGACUACAAUUUCCAGUGGCACUUGUACCAUGAUCACCAGGUGGGCGCCCUGCCCUACAUCUGCUGUUAUUGCUCAAGACGCUUUGGAACUUACCGUCUUCUAGGCCAACACAAAAUGGAGUGCGAAUUGCGUUUUGCGCAUAUAUUCAAUGAGCCAGAGUAUGAAUCCUUUGAAUGCCUUUCCCCGCCGUUUUGUUAA